ACCACUACAGACUACUCUACUCCUAGCUGCUAGCUGCUAGCUGACUAUAGCCGUAUUGUCUGGCCGUAGUCAGUAGCAGAAUCAUUUAUCUACCCUCUGCAGUUAUAUCCAGCAAGAACACACGCAAACACUUCGAUAUCGACUAGCUAAGGAGGAUACUUAUCGAUCGAGUUAGGGGGACAUAUCGCCCGUCCAGAAGUCCUUUCGCCAUGUUGAAAACGGUGGAGGAGCUUGAGCAAGACCUGGCGACGGUCUGGAACAUCGUAAACCAGCUCUCAGAACAAAUAAGCAACAACAAUCAGCUGCUGUCCCAGCUCCGAUCACAAUCAGCUCUCGUCAAAGGGCAGGCAGCUCAUACCGGUGUAGGCUUUCCUCUACGCCGCUUCAAUAUCGAUAUCAGCGAUGAGGAAUUCUCGACGCAACUCGAGGAAUUCGCAUCGCACCUCGUCCUGGAAAACCAGACCUUGACCUAUGAGAACAAGCAGCUCAAUAUCCUGCUCAAGGACUACGAAAAUGUCUUGGAAGGGGUCAUGGGCAAAUUCCGCUCGGUCUCGCACGCCGCGACGAAGCACGAGCUAUCCUUACAUCAAUACUAUACCUCCUUGUUACAUAGCCUAAGAACGGCUCAAUCGUCACAACAACUUCUGGACAGCACGACCCUUUCGCUGCUACUACAACGCUUGAGCACCCUCAUCCGUAUGGCGUUGCGGAAUGUGAACGGGGAGGAGGAUAUGGAUGGUAACGGAAGUCGAGAAGAAUGGGAGUUAUUAGGAGCAGCAGCUGCUUCCAUCGAAGAGCUCAAUCUGGGUGCAUCACUGUCACCAGCGGCGGAAUCGUCGCAAGCUUUCUCCCCGGCGACGUCGAUCGCUGGCUUGCCUUCGACCGCAAGGCCAACCGCCGCUGGCAUGAUUGUCAGCAGUGAUCGUCAGACCGUCGCCUCGGCCAGCCAUCCUCCUCGCGCCCCGUCUAGCAUCGGGUAUGACAGUUGGCAGGGCAACAUGACCCCCUCGGGUGGGUAUCCGGGGACAUUCGGUCGACGAGAUUGGGCGUUGGAUAGGGAAGAAGAGAUCGUACGGUUGACUUCUGAAAAUGCUGCUCUUCGUGAAAUGUUGGGCGUUGAGGCGGACGUCGAUAUCGAGGCGGUGCUCGCACAAUCUCGGGCGGAAGCCGAAGCCGAAGCCGAAGCCAAGCAGGACGAACAGAACGUCAAGGAGGAGCAAGAGGCUGAUAUGGUAGAUGUCGAUCUGGCGGACGACAAAUCCGGCGUCAAAGGUUACGAUAUCGGCGAAGAGUCGACUAGCAAGGAAACGACUCGUGAUAUGGAGGAGUCCGGUAGUAAGCCGACCGCUGUGACCCCUCCUAAGUCCCCAACGGAAGGUCAAGUCUCGGCCGUAAACUCCACUGUCGGUCGGGAUGAGGACGAGGACGCCAAGGACUUUUUCUCGACUUCGCCGAAACACACCGUAUCUCGGAUAUCGAUGAAGUCGCCGAGAUUAGCAAAACACCACACGUAUACGGGUAUCCCCACGACCGCUACUACACCUCUCUCGCCCAGUGCGAUUCGCGAUGUAUCUAUGGCUGGAAAGGUGUCGGAAGGGUCCGAUCGGAACCGAGCUUCGGGCGGUACUACACCCCCGCCGGGGUUAGCGACGCAUGCGAGCACUGGCAACAUGCCGAACGCUGCUCAUUCCAGCACGACGGCUCAUUCGUCGGCUUCGUCACUCUCGUUCUUGUUGUCCCGACCCGGAGGCAAGGCCAAGACCAAGACGGAACCUACGACCGCUACUAGCAUCGGGGUCGACCUGGACGACGAGGAUACCGUUUCUCCGCCGAUGGCUUCUUACGCAGCCAUGGUAAAGCCACAUAGCAAGAUGGACUCGGUUAGCGUAACAAAGGAAGAUGCGGGAAGUGAUACUGGAGCCGCUUCACAAAGUGAGAAACAGCGAGAGGAGAGACGCAAGUCUGCCCCUGCAGAAGAAGCUUCGCCAGCGGACGCGCAGACGACCUCCCAACCGGCGAAGGCGGAGACACCUUCGACGGACCACGACGAGGUCAAGAGGGAUGACAACGAGAGUGCCGUACUAGAUGACGACGAGGAGGUCGGCGAGUCGCCACCCGAGAGCGAUCCGAAGCCGACCAUGGAGACUUAUGCAGAGGUGGCGAGUCACGAAGAGGCUAAAAGCGACCAGGUCCCCGAUGGCAAGCAAAAGUCAAACGAUAAUUAGAGCCCUUUGCGUUUCUUGGGUCACUAUAUAGAGCCGUCUUCCUCGGUAUGGCAGUUGUAUACGUAGAUUCACCGAGUUCCGGAUUAUCGGGUAGCUCGGGUAGACAUGGUCCGUCUCAUCGGGGUUCAUAUCAUGUUUAGACGUGGUAAAGCUUUGAGAUCUCCCCCUUGGUGAUAGCCGGUUCAGAUCCAAGAAACCCAACAAGUGUGCCGUCGGACCCAACCGAUGUGCCAUGGGACCCAAUGAGUGUGUCAUUGGAAGUAGAGGUCGUAAGAGGGCCUGCAGACUUGGGUCGAGCGAUCGGAGUUGUGGAUUGUGCUGGGGACCGUACCAAGGGGGAAUUUAAGGAUGAAGCUCGAGGUCGAUGUUUU